AUGCUAGAGGCCAGGGCGCCCCUGUCCGAGGCCACCAUCACCUCGCUCGCCUGCAUCGUCGCUGCAGACGUCGAGAGCGCCUACAUUGCCUUCAGGCUCCUCUCCUCCAUGCGGCAGAAGUACGGCCUCGCGCUGUGCCUCCGGUCCUACAGCCCUGUGCUUGCCACGUUCCGGCGCGCCAGGGAGGCUGGCAAGGCAUACGCGGUCGAGGCCCACAUGGCGGCCUCCGCUGCAUUACCGGAUGCCGAGAAGUGCAUCGAGCUAGAUCCUACAUUCUCCAAGGGAUACAUCAGGAAAGGCACAAACCAGUUUUUCAUGAAAGAGUAUGAGAAAGCAAUGGAAACUUAUCAGGAAGGCCUAAAGCAUGACCUGAGUAACCAGGAGCUGCUUGAUGGUGUAAAGAGAUUCCACCAAGCAGCUCCUAACCGUUGCCGUCCGUUCUUAGAUAUAUUCAGCAGAUCAACAAGGCGAACAGAGGCAAACUUUACCCCAGAGGAACUGAAAGAGAGACAGGGCAAAUCUAUGCAGGACCCUGAAAUCCAGAACAUCCUGACGGACCAUGUGAUGCGGCAGGUAAGUUCAUCAUCAGAUGUUUGUUUACUCCUCUUUCUUGAGUGUUGA